UGUUCAAAGAAACAGUGAUCAACGGUGAGGAAAUCCAUGGAAAAGAGUUCAUGGGGAGCACCAAAUUGUGCACACCUCUCAUCUUCCGAUCAAUGCUCCUCUGUUUCUCUCUGUUAUACCUCUUCUCUACUCUGUUCUUAGCUUUCUACGUCUCUCUCCACCCUGCCAAAUGCCUCUUCAGACCCUCGCAUUUCGAUCCCAUCCAGGUUCCUGUCUUCUCUUACCCCGCUAACUAUGGAGAACACAAGUAUACAAUCCCUACCAAUCGCAAUUAUUGCUCCUCCCCUGUUUAUUUCUCUGAUUAUUGGAUUGCAUUGGAGGAGAUCCAAGAUUUAUGUCGAAAUUCAUCUGUAGAUUCACAGGGCUUAAGGUAUAUGAAAGAAAACAGUGAGAGCUUCGGCGGGAAUUUCAGUACCCAGAAGAGGAGGUCGUAUUUUCAACAUUUAAAUGAUAAUGUAGAGAUUCCUUGUGGGUUCUUUAAGAAGUUUCCAGUCAGUAAUUCUGAUCGAAUGGCAAUGGAGAGCUGCAAGGGAGUAGUUGUAGUCUCAGCAAUCUUCAACGACCAUGACAAAAUCCGGCAACCCAAAAACCUUGGAUCGAAAACACUAGAAAACGUGUGUUUCUUUAUGAUCGUGGAUGAAACAACCCUACAAGGACUAAGGCAUCACCAGCUAAUAUCAGGAAAAUCCUUCCAAUAUAGUGUAGGUGUGUGGAGAAUUCUUAAGGUUUCAAGCACUUAUUUAUACGAGAAUCCAGCCAUGAAUGGAGUAAUACCUAAAUACUUAGUUCACAGACUAUUUCCAAACUCGAAAUUUAGCAUUUGGAUAGAUGCUAAGCUACAACUAAUGGUGGAUCCAUUAUUAUUGAUCCAUGCAUUAGUUGUAUCAAAGAAAGUGGACAUGGCGAUUUCGAGACAUCCAUACUUUAUGCAUACAAUGGAAGAAGCAAUGGCGACUGCAAGGUGGCGGAAAUGGUGGGAUAUUGAUGGGUUGAGGAUACAAAUGGAGACAUAUUGCGAGAAUGGAUUGAAGCCAUGGACACCCAAUAAACUCACUUAUCCCUCAGAUGUGCCAGAUAGUGCAUUGAUCUUAAGGAAGCAUGGACAGAACAGCAACCUAUUCUCUUGCCUGAUGUUCAACGAGCUGGAAGCUUUUAAUCCAAGAGAUCAAUUGGCUUUUGCAUACGUUAGGGAUCAAAUAAGCCCGAAGCUAAGAUUAAACAUGUUUGAGGUAGAGGUUUUUGAGCAGGUAGUUUCAGAGUACAGACACAACCUUAAAAAAGAAAGGGCCAGUGUCAGUGAAAGAUCAAAGCCAAGAAAGGCGAAAAGGGUUAGCCAAGAUAAGUUUGUUAAUAACAGUUGCUGUAGCAAGGGCCAGAAUUAUCUGUUUCAAAUGUGGGGGGAAUCCCAUAAUUGAUUCUGUCUCUAGAAAACUUGUAAUGCAGUCUUAGCACAGAAAGAGAAGAACUGAGGAAAUUGAAAAGAAAAAGGGAAAAGCAAACUAACCGACAGAAUUUUACAGGGAAAAGCUGACAGAAUAAUAGAUCUUUAUUAAUAUUAGGAUUAUAAAUACAAGUCUUUCCUGAAACAAAAAUUUGAUCAUUUCCUGAUUGCUUGAUUUGGUAGUUUUUUGAAAUUUCAUAUAUAUUAUGCUCUUAUUCACACUUAACACCCAAUUCUCAACUAUUUUAAUGUGAAAAUUUGGAUUUGGGAAU